AUGUCGCCAAAGCCAACGUACAUUGAAUUUAAAGACCCGAAGAAGUCACAGUCUGGUAAGCCCCAUUUACCGUUUAACAGACAGACACAACCUCUUUACCCUCAGCAAUCGAUUCCACUCGCACAAUAUACAAACCUGAGGGCGUACAACCCUGGUGGUGUGAUUGGGGAAAAGGACUUGGCUGGUCGUAUUCUCAGUGAGCCCAUUCUCAUUGUCGAGCGUCUCAUUCAACCGUAUGAGCUUGCCGUGGGGUUCGAAGAGUGCAACAGGUACAUAGUGAAGAAUUACCGUGGAGAAAAGUUGGCGAUGAUUGAAGAGCACAGCGGUGGCUUCAAGAAGAUGCUCGUUAGACAGGUUGCCAAGUCAAAGAGACCCUUCACAUUCGAUGUUAUUGACAACGACGGCAACGUCGUGUUGAAGUUCAAGCGUAAGUUUGAGUUCAUCACCUCCCAUCUUAAGGCAUGUUUGCCUAACGAUACUCUUAUUGGUGAGAGUUUCGAGAAGUACAACGUCAUCAAGAGAAAGUACAACCUAUUUCAAGUGACUGGUCCAAAUCAAUUGACCCAGUUUGGUUAUGUCAACGCUCCUCCUAAGAGUUUUGAGUUUUCUAUUGGCGAUGAACAAGGACAAACCAUCGCCGCUGUGGAUUGCAAUUGGACUGGGUUGGCGAGAGAAGUCUUCACCAAUUCCAACAUGUACAUUAUAAGAAUGGAUCCUUGGGCAUUCCAAGGUGUUGCUGACUUCUACAAAAACGUUAAACAGGUACCCCUGACUCUGGAUCAGAGAGCCGUCCUCCUGGCCAACGUUGUCAGUCUUGAUUUCGACUACUUCACACGUGAUCAUGAUUCAGAUUGA